UGUAUUAUUAAGUAGGUCCUUUAACAACGACUUUGAGUAAUACGUUCAUAUAGACCAUGCCACCAACAGUCCCUCACGGAUAUACCGGGGAAACUUUUCCGGAUUAUUUCAAUUCGAAUGCAAGACCAAAAAUUACAACUCAGAAACUGGGACAGCUCUCCGAUGAUGAAAUUAAACAAUUCUUUGAAGAUGGGUACGUCAUCGUGGAGAAAUUUUUCAAUAGGGAUGAAAUAGAUCCAUGCAGAGAUGCUGUUAAUGAACUAGUUGAAGAGUUGGCACAAAAACUGUACAACACCAAGCGCAUUAAAAGUUUAUAUCGAGAACUGGGAUUUUUUGAACGACUGACUGCCAUAGAAAAAGAUUUUCCAGGGGCCAAUAUUCUUCUUCACAAAGGAGACCAGUUAGCCCAAGCAUUUAAAGACUUGUGGAGUAAUGAACGAAUGUUAAAUGUGGUGGAACAGUUAAUUGGACCUGAAAUUGCAGGACAUCCUGUGUGGAAUUUACGAACAAAGACUCCUCAAAAUGAAGCUACAACAGUACCUUGGCACCAAGACUGUGGUUAUUUAAAUGUCGACUGUUAUAAAACACUCCAGCCAACAGCUUGGAUUCCUUUGCUUGAUACAAACGAGAAAAAUGGUUGCAUGCAGGUGGCCAACAAAGGGCACAAGAAAGGUCUUGUAGCGCCACACCAAUGUUGCUAUGGUGGCACCUGGUAUGUCAUGUUAGAAGAGAAGGAAAUGAUUAAGACAUUGGAUGUGGACGUGGAUAAAGACAUAAUAACGUGUCCAGUACCAUAUGGUGGCAUGUUAUUGUUGAACAACUUAAUACCACACAGAAGUCUUCCUAACAUGACAAAACAAAUCCGUUGGAGCUUGGAUUUGAGAUGGCAACGGCCAGACGAACCAGCAGGAUUUUAUGGAAUGAAGGAACCAUUGCUUAUGAGAACAGGAAAGGAUCCUAACUAUAAGAUUGAUUGGACUCCAUUUGAUAACGUUGAUAGACGUGAGAAGCAAAGAGAAGCAGUAAAAGAUGUCUUGCCGUUACCCGAUGAUCCUGAAUUUGACACAACCAUUCAAGGACCAUGGAUGAAAAAGUGGGACAUUGUCCAUAUGAAUCAACAUACUUCAAAGUUAACAGAGGAUGUACUUAGUUCAUGGCAUGGUCAUAAGUCUUAACAAAUCAUUAUCUUGUGACACAUUAGAUAUCAAUGUUGCUAAUUAUAAGUAUAAUAUACUACUUUAGUAUUACUGAACUGUUAGUAGACUAACAACAGAUGAGAGUUUUAAAUGCUUACUACACAUGAAAAAGUGGAUUGGUUUUUCGCAAUGCGAAUUGGGAAAUUCCUACAAUAAUAAAUUCAUAAACUUAUAUUUUCACUUUUUUUACAUUAGUUAAAGCAAUCAGUGACCUAACAUUGUAUUUCAGAAUAUAAAUUAACUGUAAUUAGAAUUAUAACACCAUACUUUUGUACGUUUUAUAAAAUGUAUUUGUUUUCUAACUAUUAUCUUUUCAUCAUAUUUAAAAUUAUUUGUUCUACAAGAAG